UAACAAACCAGCAUUUUUGAAAAGUUGUGAUAAGUGUGAGGACUCUCCAUUGUUUUGUUUUGGAAGGGGUGUGUCCGUAGUUCAGACACAGUUCUUCAGGACUGACAAAACUGUGACUAGCAUCGGAAUUUAUUAUAUUUGUUAUGCGUAAAAAAGGUAGUAGUGACGUACGGGAGAAGACAAUUGUUUCAUUUUUUCUGUAGUUUCAGGUUUUUCUUCCAGGUAUUAAAAGGAGCGUAACUGUGCCGCGGCUCCUCCUUGUUUUUUUUUUUGGUUUUUUUUUUAGCAGUUUUUCAUUUCUCAGGGACUUUAAAGAUACAAAGAAAAUAAAUACAUGCAUAUGGAGGAAUAAUUUCCAGUAAGAAGCUGCUGUUAACUGAAGUUUUGCUGAAUGUAGAUCUGUGGUAUCUUCGUAAUAUAAAUAUAUCUACGGACUAAUAUCCUUUCUGAACUCGUCACUUAAUCUGUAUUUUUAUGUUUUACGUUUUGUACGAGUUUAUUAGCAGGAGCUGAAGCAUAAUUUGUAUAAUUUUUGUUUUUAAGUAAACAGGAAGAGCAAGAAGCAGCAAGAGACAGCAUGUACAGUAUACGGACAAACCUUUAUACCGAUCUGCCAACAAUAAUCUUGCUUUCAGAGGUUUAACUUGCAUUGGAUGUUUUGCGCUAUAUAAUUUAAAAAGUAUACAUUGGAUUUUAUCAUGUUUUCCAGUUGCACUUAUCCAAUAUGGCAGCCCCCAGUUUUGUGAAGUUUCGAUUAUGUGGAAAACAAAGAUGAUUAUUCUUUCCAGUUUCUUAUUUUAGCUUCCGUUAAAGUUUAAAGAUCUUUUCAUUUGGGAGACCAAUGAAUGCCAAGCAGUUAUGCUAAGAACUAAAAAGGAACUGAUCUUCCUGCCUUCGCAUGCAUUAAUAGUAUCGACGCAAUGUGUGGCUUUUUGAUUUGUUUCAAAUUUUUUUAUUUUUUGAAAUACCAGCUAGAAUAACUUUUUAUGUCUGUGCAUAUAUUGAUCAUGUGACGAUGGCAAAACGUAAAAAUACAUUGAUGUAUUAUCACGUUUACUGUCACAAGUUUCUGCAGUUCGAUACCAACAAUUGGUGCGAAGUUUUUCAGUUUUGUUUUUAAGCUGCACGGACAGGAUAAGAGGCGGUGGAACCAGUUUUCAAGUUUGCGGAGACGCGUGGCCUGUGUUAUGUCUGGAUCUCCGGGCUCAGGUGGAUCCAAUCCACGGAAAUUUAGCGAAAAGAUCGCGUUGCACAACCAAAAACAGGCCGAGGAGACGAGGGCCUUUGAACAGCUUAUGACUGACAUCACUCUCUCCAGGGUACAGUUUCAGAGAAUUCAGCAAAUGAGAUUAAGCCAGACCUGUACUCAGUAUGGUGGAUCAUUGCCUAAUGUCAACCAGAUUGGUAAUUCAACUGCAGAAUUUAAGGGAUCAUUUUCUCCAGUUCUUGACAACUCACGUAACACUAGACAUCAUGGACUAGUUGAGCGAGUUCCACGUGACCGAAGUAGACUCGGUUCCCCACAUCGGCAUCUUCCUGAUAAACAUGGACGCCUGAUGGAGAGCUCUCCAUAUGGACCUGUUUAUUUGUCUCCACUACCUGACAUUAGCUGGCAGAGGGAGCAACGCACAUGGAAUGAAGAGAAACGACCUGGAUUUCGAUUAAUAUCCCAGCUGAACAGGACAAAUUCAGACUCUGCUUUGCAUACGACUGCCUUGAAUCCAAACCCACAGGAUCCCCUCUGUGAAACGACACCUCAGAUGGGACUAGUGUUUCCACAGCGUAAUGCAAGCGUUAGUGAGGCUGAGGCAAAUGAAGUAGGAGAUGUGUUUUCAUUUCAACCUUUGGACGGUGGGGAAAGCCAUUUGGGGGUCAACAAGCCGCUUUCUAAACAGUUACAGGAAACUAAAAACGUCCAGUCUCUUACUUCCCGCCCAAAAUCCUGUGAUGUGCCUAAAAAUAAUGUAUUUUCAUCCAUGGACCAGAAUAUUGGACUCUCCCAUUUCCAGGGGACCUUAAAUAGUGGUGGAUCACUUCCAGAUCUGACAAGCUUGCAUUUUCCCCCACCUCUACCCAUCCCAUUGGACCCUGAAGAUGUUAGAUAUCCCAGACUGAGUGGUGGGGACAGCACUGGCAAUCUGCAUUCUGCUAUGAGGCAGCUUGGCUUUGGAAACUCUGAAGGCAUCUCUCCAUCCUUGAACAAUCCUUCACUCCAAGCCCCAAUUAAGAGUUCCCACCUUCAGUUUCCUCUCAGCAAUCCCUCAGUUAACAUGCCUCUGCGAUUUUCUUCACUUCCGAGUACACAACCGGGAGGCCUAAGUGGAUCAUCACGUCGGCGCCAUCGUACACCAGUCAGCCCUCUUACUGUGUCACCUGGUGUGGAACACUGUGUGAGCCCUACCAUGCAAUUCCCUUCUGCUAUCUCACCAUCUGUAUCCUCUAUAGCCCAGGAUGUUUCCUUGGGCACCAGCAAUUUACCAAUACAACCGCCACCUCCCUACCCCUUCUAUCAGCAGACUUUGCAGCAGUCAUGUUCCCAGAAUUUCCCAGCAGAGGCAUCCCAACAGCGGCAACAUAAUCAGCAUCAUCAGCCAGUCUCACCUAUACGUCUUGACCCUGCUUCCAUGAAUAUGGAUUUUGUUGGAGAAUUCCUGGUUGAUCCAUUCAUGGAUACUGAUACCUCAGGGGAGCAUCCAAAAUCUCUGACAUAUAAGCUUAGGCAGUUUAACACAUCGGAGAAUGCAUUUGGGUCUUUACCUGGAGGCUGCUGUUUCAACCAAAGUUCAGAUGUCAGCUGCUCACCAUCUUCUGGGAUAAGGCUUGGUUGGAGUCAGAGAAACUUACAAGACUCCCUGCAGAUACAGCAGUGCUUUGAAAGCAACAUCCCCAACAUUAUACUGACUGAUGAAUCUAAUCCAAGAUUAUCGAAAGAUAUCAGUGCAUUGGCAGGGGUUCCAGAAUGCUUCGACUCAGAGAGUGUUUUCCCUUUGGAGGAUGAACUCCAUAUUGAGCCCCUUACUCUUGAUGGACUAAAUAUGUUAAGUGAUCCUGACUUGAUUUUGCCUGAUCCCUCAGUGGAGGAUGGAUUUCGCAAUGACAAGCUAUAGUAAAGGAGAGAAUCUGAUGAAACAAGAACAAAAUGGAACAUUUAAGGUGUGGGUGGGGGACUUAUUAUUUCUUCAUAGUUUCAUUUGUCCCAUAAUAUUGCAAAAACUGAAAAGAAAGUUAUCCUUUAUCUUCAGUAUUUUGGACUUGUUAGCUCCAUCAUAUCUUGUGAAGUAUGAAUAAUUUCCAAAGCAUGUUGUAAAGUAUUUGCUUGACAUCUUGUAAAAUAUCAGCAAAGAAUGCAACCUUUUAUACUAGGUUACAAGAACAGAUAUUACUUUGUUUUCUGAGAUUAGCUACCACAAAUCUUAUGGUACUGUUACAGGAUUUCGAAAUAUUUUUGAAACCUUUUCUUUGUCCACAAGAUUAACUUUUAACAAAAUAUCCAAUAGGGUCAGUUAAUUUAAAGCAGAAAUAUGUGUAUUAGUUAUAGUGUGUCUAGGAUUUAUAAAGAAGUUGUCAUCUCCCUUACUUUUUAUACAAAAAAAUUAGAUUUAUUCUGAAGGUAGUAAAAUAUGGGAAACUAAAGGUCUUUGUAACAAAUUAUUUGUAUGAAAAGCUUGAGCCUAAUGAACUGUACAGAAUUGCAAGAAAUAAGUAUGCUAAAGUAGAAUAGUAAAGUGUGAGGGGUGACUUAAAAAUUCAUGGAAUUUAUAUAAAAAAAAAACUUUAAUAUGCAACUUAAACCAAUUCCCUUUUAGUCACUUUUAAAAUAUUCCUCUUUAGAUUUAACACCUCGAAUACUACUAUUCGCUUCUUCCAUUCCUGGAAAUAUUUCCUGUCUUUCUAUUUUGUUACCAUGUCUAGAGCCUUCUGCGAUUUUUUUUUCUCUUUUUUUUAACUCUCAGGAUCUCUAACAUGGCAGCCAAUAGUCUUCCCUUCAGUCUCACUUGUAAUGUCAGAAGCAAAGAAACAUCGCAGGAAGUGAGAUCUGGCAAAUAUGGGAGGCGUGAAGCAACAACCAGAUUGGUUUUGGUUAAAAACUCUUUGACUGAUAACAUGGUGUGUUCAGGUGCACUGUCGUGGUACAAUGAUGUAUGCAGUUUUAUAUGAGCCACCACACAGCAUGUUUAUUUCCUAGUAAUAAUAAUAAUAGGUUUUAUUUUUAUAGUGCCUGAUGCAUUCCCACAGAUGCCUCAGCAGUUCAGCUUAAUGUUACCUAUUAACUGUCCAGGAGAAACUUUUUAUUAACUAGUCUGUUAAUGUCAACAAAAUGCAUUCGUCAUUCUCUUCAUGUUCAAUAUGUCCUGACAUGCUUUUUUUGGUUUGUAAUAAAAAAAAUAUGCCAAAGUCAUGUGCACAUUUGUAGAAUAAAUACAAAUCUCGACCAGUAUGGCACAAUACCACAUAGCAGACUGAUUAUCAAAACUGUAGGAAUGUUGUACCUAGUGGCACAGUCAAUAACUAUACCCAACUCCCAUGCUAUUGACAGAUUCUGGGAAUUUUUGGGAGUCCCUCCCUCCUCGUAUGGUUGAAAAAGAUGCACAUCUGACCAGAUUCUAUACAGAACAAUAUGCUAGAAAGAGCAGAUGUGAAUGUGGUACUUCCCAUGAGAAAGUUUAAGGGAUACAAUAUAUUUUUAGCUUUUAAUCCAGUAAUAAAAACAAUUUUUUCUUGAAUAAUUAUUUGUGUUUGAAUGAUACCUUGUAUUAAUAAUAUACAAUUUAUUUUU